AUGAGCAGCCACGAGGAGUAUCCUCCGGAGCUGACUCGAGGCGCGAAAGACUCGCUGAACAUCCCCGUAGGAGGAGAAGGUCUCUACGCACGCGGUACUGGCGCCGGUUCCCCCAUGCUCUUUGUUAUGCAGUGGGAUCGCCCUACAUGGCAGCCAGUAUGGGAAGAUGAACACCAAGUCAUUCCCAGGGACGGUUUCGGUGUGCCAGCCCAGAUUCCUCCCGAGGUGUCUCAGCACUUCAAGCACGUUUACUACGUGCCUCCUCAGUUCUUCCCUUUCCUCAAGAAACUCGCCGACGACACUCCAUCGCUGCAGCCGUUCAUGUACAAACUGAUCAAGGGCGACUUUACGUACGACGACUAUGAGGAAAUGUUCUACAAAUUCGCCAAGCCAUUGAAGAUCUACCGAAACCAGAUACCGAUGCCCUACCGAACUCCCGAGGAAGUGGCACGCGAAGAGGAAGUUGCUUGGGAAGGCGCGUGGCUGUCCUACAGACAAAAAGUCCUCUCAUCGUACAACACGGCGAUGUUCUUCAGAGAGUACCUGUUCGGCGCUUUGAUCGGCGUCUACUGCGCUUUUCUCUUCCUGGACCAGCACCGUCAAUAUCGCGUCGAUAUGAAGCUGUUUUACCUCGAGGCCCCAGAAAACAAAGUAAAUUGGGUUGUGCCUAGGGGUGACCUCGUUUAA